AUGGUUUCUUCACGACAGAUUGCGGAACUCAUGGACGGGAGGCCUCCGGUUCAAAAAGCUCAAUGCCAACUUUUUACGGAUAAGGAGGGUUGCUCAAUGCCCAUGGCACACCGUCGACGUUCUCGCUUGUCCAAGUUCCUUGGCGCAUUCUGCGCUGGGGUUUGUUGUGCCGCCAAGAAAUGCCCAAGCACGAACUUGAAUGAAGAGCAAGAUGUUCGCAGCUCCACACAGAUGUGUGAUCUGCCCGAUGACAUUCUUUGGCACAUCCUAAGCUUUCUCCAACCGAAAGAUGUGGUGAGAACGAGCGUGCUGUCAAAAAAGUGGGAGCACUUGUCUAGUAACAAUCCUAGGCUCCAUAUCUCCCAACUCAAUUUCCGAGAUCAGGUGCAUUUCGUGAACUUUGUGGACAAAGCAUUGUUACUUCACGACUUUCCCGUGAAAGUGUUUUCUCUCUUCUGCAAAAGAAGAAGUGUUUCUGAUACAUCUCUCAUCGAUGCUUGGAUUACAGCGGUGGUAAAGCGCAAAGUUGAGGUGCUCCAUCUGUGUAUAAAUGAAGGAUUGCUCGAAUAUGUGCUACCUAGUUGUGUCUUUAACUCUGAAACACUGAUUGAGUUCUGUCUAUCUAUGCCUUAUGAACUGAGACUCCCUUCCUUAGUUUGUCUAAAUAAUCUCAAGGUCUUAACGCUUGCGUGCGUUGAUUUCGGGAGUGACAGUUCAGUAGAGAAGCAUCUGUCGUGCUGUUCUCUUGAGGAGUUGUUUCUAAACAGAUGCAAGUGGAGGAGACUCAAGGUUAUUCAAAUUUCUGCUCCCAAGCUUUUGAACGUGCGCAUAUUUGAGCAUCCCCUUUAUGAGGGUUUGGAAAGUACCCUCCAUUUAGUGGUCCGUGGAGCUCGUAUCAAGUCCUUCAUUUAUAGGGGGCGAUUUAUCGAUUACUAUACAAUAUCGAGUUCGUCCUCUCUAGUUGCUGCUCAGAUUGAUCUCCCUUUGUUUGGAUGGCCUCAUCCUCGUCAUCGUCAUCGUUGUGCUUACCAUGAACAUAAGCUCUUAAAGGAUCUUUCGUGCGUGAAACGCCUGUCUUUAUUUAACCCUGUCGAGCUUAUAUACAAGAGACCGGAUCUUCUCACCUCUCUCACCCUCUUCCGUCACCUCAAUGAGCUAGUAUUGGAGACGUCUCGUCCUGUUUUGCUCUUAGAAUUUGGAUUCAUUGGUGCGAUUCUCCACAAGAGUCCUUGUUUGAGUUAUCUCGAAUUCACUUGGGGCAUUUGUGUGCGUUCCGGAACAGUCGAUUCAAACUUCGGCCCUGUGCCUCAGUGUCUCCAAUCGUCGCUUAAGGUGAUCAAAAUUUGUAACUUUGUAGCGGAUGAUAGGGCACUCAAAGCCAUAAGGAUUCUACUCAAGAUGGCUGGAGUUUUAGAAAAAUUAUUCAUACAUCCUCUACGGACAAAGCAACUGCCAGGGAACUUGCUGCAACUUCUAAAUGAGCUCCCCAGGACUUCCGACCAAUGUGAAUUUUUGUUAGGUGUGUGA